AUGUCAAUGUACCGAUUCGUGAAAGAAGGUAGCAGCAAGCGUCUCUUCGUGCAGGGCACGCUUGAGAACGAUGACUCGAAACCAUUGAAAUCGAGUCUGAAAAAGUCCUCCCAAUCUCCUGUCGGGUCGCCGAUCACAACAAGUUUGAAUCUAGCGUCUGUUCCGAGAAGUUUACGAGAAGGCUUGACGAGGCAUGAGACUGUGCACGAUGGGAAUUAUCCGGGAAUGGAGAGGACUUCUAGUUACCGCUCGGGAUCUUAUCGAGAAGAGAGUUACAACGGCAGAAUAGUCCAUGAUGGUAACCAGACGCAUUUUGAGUACGACGCGGGCGAGAGUGCAUUAGCCGUACCAGCUUCAGCUGGUGGUAGAGGCAUAUCAGAGCUGCAGGCGAUUCACACGAACAAAAGGUUGUCGACCGAGGUCCUCGGCUCUUCACUAGAGUCGACGAAGAUCUCGAAGAAAGAUGACAGCGGUCAGAGACGCAUCACAACUAGGAUUGUGAGAAAAGUGACCACGUUGACUCGUGGUGAGGAGAAAGCGUCUGCUGAGGAUUUGGCUAGAGGUGGACGGGAAGUUCACAGAUCUGCAGAGCAUUACCGUCAUGUGGAAAUGGAGGCAUCGCAUCCUAGAAAAGUAAAGAUAUCAGACAUAGUGGUGGGACAAGAACCUAACGUAACCGCCCGGGAGGCGUUGCUGAGCUGGGCUCGGCGGUCCACUGCCAAGUACCCAGGCGUAAGGGUGACCGACUUCACGUCGUCGUGGCGUGAUGGGCUGGCCUUCAACGCGCUUAUACACAGGAACCGUCCUGACCUGAUAGACUGGCGUAAUAUCAGGUCAAGACAGGUGCGUGAGCGCUUGGAGACGGCUUUCCACGUGGUCGAGAAAGAAUAUGGCGUCACCAGGCUGUUGGACCCCGAAGAUGUGGACACCCAUGAACCUGACGAGAAGUCCCUCAUCACUUACAUCUCGUCGCUGUACGAGACGUUCCCUGAGCCGCCGGCGGUACACCCGCUCUUUGACGCCGAGUCUCAGCGGCGAGCGGCCGCCUACACCGAGCAGGCCGCGCAGCAUCGUGCCUGGUUGCACGAGAAAUGCGCACUUAUGCAGGACCGUGCUUUCCCAUCAACUUUGAUCGAGAUGAAAAAGCUGCUCAGCGAGAGCACGCGUUUCCGCAAUGAGGAGGUACCUCUGCGACAGAGGGAGAAGCAGAAACUCUUCCACCAGUACAGGGAAUUAGAAAAAUAUUUCGAAUCAGUGGGUGAAUGUGAUAUCGAACCCGCGUUACGACCGGACGCGUUAGAACAAUCUUGGUCGCGGCUGAUGAUCGCGCACCAAGAACGCGAACGAGACCUGAGCGAUGAGAUCCGUCGCCUGGAGCGACUGCAGCGACUAGCCGAAAAACUCCACAGAGAUAUAAAACAAACCGAGGGUGGUCUCGACAACGUCGAGCGACACAUUGAGAACGAGAUCCGACGGGUGGAGCGCGGCGUACACCCGGCCGAGGCCAAGAUGGCCGCCGAACAAAUCGAACAGGACCUACUUAGCAUGGAGCACACCAUACAGGAGAUGUUCCAGGAUUCACACGCCUUAAGAGAAGGCCGGUAUCCGCAAGCAAAUGAUUUACAUAAACGAGUGCAACACCUACAUGAUCGAUGGCUGAACGCUCGGCAAAGCUUCACCGGGCGCUUGGUGCCGCGUCUGUCGUCCGUCCGUAUGCCGGUACAGCAGACCACGGUGCGCAGGGAGACCAGGACCGUGCUGGAGACCAGGGUGCACGACGCCGACCCCAAGUUCCAGCAGUUGCAGGAAGCUAUCAAAUGGUGUAAAGAAAAAUUGAAAAAGCUUCACGAGUCGGACUACGGGUCUGACCUGCCGUCGGUGCAACACGAGCUGGACAGGCACCAGAGAGAACACAAGCAGAUAGAUCAGUUCCAUUCAAAGGUGGAACAGUGCGUGCAUAGCCGCUCAAAUUUCAGCGGCGAGGAGUUGAACCUCUACAACCAGCAUUUGAGUCAGCUGCAGAAACUUUAUGCUGAAUUAUUGUCUACCAGCACUAAACGCAUUUCAGACCUAGAUGCAUUACAAGACUUCCUGCAGUCUGCAACCGCUGAAUUGAACUGGCUGAAUGAGAAGGAACAGGUGGAGUUGUCCAGAGAUUGGGCGGAUCCACACAUCAACCUGCCCGCGGUGCAGCAUUAUUAUGAGCAUUCAUUUGGGGACGGCAAAGAGCAACUGAUGUCGUCGCUUGAAAAACGCGAACUGCAAUUCAGCAACGUAAUCGAUAGAGGGGAAGCGUUGAUCGCACAACAUCACCCCGCUACUAAGACAAUUGAAUCCCACCUGCAGGUGAUGCAGUCGCAAUGGGCUUGGGUGCUACAACUUACACUCUGCUUAGAGACCCAUCUGAAACAUACGACGCAGUAUCACAACUUCUUCGAAGAGGUCAAGGAGGCAGAGAAAUGGAUACAGAAACGCGAAGAAGCUCUCAACAGUACAUUCUCCCAAUCGGAGUUCACGCUUGACCAAGGCGAGCGACUUCUCAAAGGGAUGCAGGAUCUGCGUGAAGAGCUCAAUGCUCACGGCAUAGUGGUGACGCGGCUGGUCGAAGAGGCGCAGGAGAUCAGACCAGUGAAACAAAGGAAAGCGCCGAUUACAAGACCGCUGAGGGCAGAAACCGUCUGUGCUUAUAAACAUGCGAAUGUGGCCAUCGAGAAGGGCGCGUCGGUGACUGUGAUAGACAACUCCGGACGCAGCCGGUGGUCGGUCCGCGCUGGCGGUGCCGGCACUGAGCUGCAGCUGCCCGGCGCCGUGCUGGCGCUGCCGCCGCCCUGCCAGCUGGCGCACGACGCCGCCGCCGGCCUGCGCGCCGCCUACGACCGGGUGAUACAAUUAUGGCAACGGAAGCAACUCAGGAUGAGACAAAACAUGAUAUUUGCCACCAUCAAGGUGGUGAAAGGAUGGGACUUCCCGCAGUUCGUGGCCAUGGGAGCAGAACAGCGCCAGGCUAUACGUCGGGCGCUGAAUGAAGAUGCAGAGAAACUGCUCGCUGAAGGGGACCCGGCGGACCCGCAACUGCGGCGCCUGCGCAGAGAGAUCGAUGACGUCAACCGCCUGUUUGAUGAGUUCGAACGACGUGCAAGAGCUGAAGAGGAAUCUAAGAAUGCAGCGCGCAUCUUCACCGAACAAUCAAGCAAUCUACUUGAGAGACUGGAUGUCCUUGAAAGACAGCUACAUGAGAGGAUCGCCAGUAAUAUACCACGAGAUUUGGACUCGCUGGAACACCUCGUGCUGCAGCAUAAGGAUUGGGAAGGGAACCUGCACGCGCUGUCCAGUGACGUAGAAGAAGUACAGGCCACAUUCAGAGGCAUCGCUCUAAAGACCCCGGCCAUGAAGAAAAAUCUGGACAAAGUCAUGGGCAAAUGGAAUGACAUGCAGUCGAAGAGCCAAUUGUUUGUCGAAAGGCUAAAAUUCGUGGAGAUUGUGGUGAGCAGUAUGGAAGAGAAUCAUCAAACUAUAUCAGAGUUUGAGAUCAAGUUGGCACAGUUCAGUGACCUGCCCAACGAUGUUGAACUACUUAAAGACAUACACGAAGACCUGCUCCGUAUGCAAGUAGCAGUCUCCAAACAGCAGAUACAAAUCGACCAGAUGAAUGAUGACGCUGAAAACUGUAGGCGUCUCGUAGAAAGUUCUAGAGCGGCGUUACCACACUCCUCGCUCCCGAGAUCUGGCAAACACAUAGACCUGGAACGUCUGGACAAGGAGAUCUCACACCUGAAUAAUAGAUGGAACAGCGUUUGCAAUCAACUCGCUGAGAGACUGAGAAGUUGUGAAGCAGCAUACCAACUACUGCGCAACUACAACGCUGGCCUGGAGAAGGAAGCUGAAUGGAUUGACGACAGCUUUGCCAAGCUCAAGAAUCAACCACCAAUCGAAAUUCGACCUAAGGAGCAGUUCGAACCAACUAGGAAUCUACUCACAAGCGUGGUUGAGAGGACUCCAAAGAUUGAAAAAGUUAACGUGGACGGUGGAAGGUUCAUAAGAGAGGCGAAGAUACACUCCUCGAGAUGCCAGCGGUACGCCGAAUGGCUUUGCGACGAGGUACAUCCUUCAUUGGAGAUGAAGCAACUGCGGCGGCAAGCUGAUGUGGAGAUGGCUGAAAGACUGCGAAGUAGGGGCCUAAGUCCGGACCCUGAGAAACUGCCGACGGGAGCUGAGGCCGUCGCGAAGGAAUUGGAUGAUAUAAACGCUAAACACCAGAGACUACUUGAUUUGCUGUAUGAAAGAUUGAGGAGAAUCGCUGCCGCCAAUCCAGGAGACAUUGUUACGUUGCGUCUCGUGGAGGCAAUGGCUCCCCGGUCAGCGCGCUCGUUCCGUCAGGAGUUCAAUAUGCAGGAUCUGGCAACAACAACCGAACAUACAUACAGUACGCAUUAUACCUCAGAAAAAUAUGUCAGAACAUCGCACUCUACAGAGCAUGAUGCACCUAUUAAAUCCAUGACCAAUGGCAAACUAAAUUCGCCUAAAUAUACUACAAAAACCGUCGUAAGUGAUGAUGACAGACUUGACCUUAGGAAUCUCAAACGGGUCCACAAAAUGUAUGAAGGACCCAACAUUAUUGAAUCUAAAGGAAUUAUACAUCCUGUUACAAAAGAAAUAUUGACGGUUGGUCAAGCAAUUAGCAUGAGGAUACUUGACGUAAGAACUGGAAAACUCCUAUCUUCACCCGAUAAAAGACAAUCAAUAACCAUAGAGCAAGCAGCAAAUGAAGGUCUCAUUGACCCCAAACUAGCUGCUAGAUUAACAGGCCCCUGCGGCAUGACAGAAGAUGGUAACGAAGUUACAUUACUGGAAGCGAUUCAACAAGAGCUGUACGAUGCUGAGCAAGGCUUAACUGAUCCAGCAGAGAAGAGAAUAAAGGUAACUGUAGAAAGCCAAGCACCCACCACCCAAGGAAUGAGUAUCUCAGAUGCCCUCAAUUGCGGUCAAGUUGAUCUACAAAGAGGUCUCUACAGGCUACCAAACGGAAAUUACAUAACAAUAUCCGAAGCCUAUCAGAAGGGUUACCUCAUUUAUAAUGAGAUUAUUAAAAUAAAAUCGAGCACUUUGUCUUUAUCCGAUGCAAUCAGUCAAGAUUUGGUAGAUAAUAAUGGUUGGAUUUUGGACAGAAAUUCAGGUGAUAGAUUUCAAUUAGAUGUUGCUAUAAAAAAUGAAUUGAUAGACUCAAAUAUUAGAGAAAUAGUUGACCCUAAAAAUGAUACCAAAAUUACGCUUGCUGAAGCCAUUGAGAAAAAUAUUAUUAAUACAAAACAUUCAAAGUAUGUGCACAAUCUAACUAAAGAAAAAUUAACAUUUAAAGACGCUGCAAAUAAAAGGUACAUUUACAAACCUAUGACUCUAAAAGAUGUUUGUGACAACAAUCUAAUGACAAAUGAUGGUAAAAUUUUGUCACCUGCUAAUAGGGUUCCUUUGAAUAUUUUAGAGUCAAUAUCUGUAGGUGUACUCGACAGUGAUAAUAUAAAAUGUAUAACAGACACUACAACAGGUCAACUCCUAACGUUAUCAGAAGCACUAGCUUCUAAAAUUAUAUUGCAUGAUAAUAAAUUUCGCGAUAAUCUCACAGGAGAACUUUGUACUAUUCCCGAUGCAGUUGAUCGUGGUCUUAUAACAUCUGUGUCGCAAAGAUCUAUAUUUGAUAUAGACGGGUUUAGGGACCCUAAAUCAGGAGAAUUUGUAUCAUUCAAUAUAGCGCAUAGUAAGGGUAAUCUCAAAUAUGUUAAUGGAGAAACUUUCCUGAAAUCUGAAAGCGAUGACUUUGUUUAUUUAGAAGAUUGUACUAAAGUAGCAAUUGUACGUCCAGAAGUGUUAGAAAUGUUUAAUAGAAAGAUAGGUAUCUACGAAAACGGAAAAGAACUUACUGUGUUAGAUACAGUUUUUAAAAAUAUUCUCGACCCAAAAUCAGGGCAUUUGCUUGAUGCUACUACUAAAAAGCCCAUCCCGUUUAAUAAAGCCGUUGAGAUUAGUAUGAUUACACCUGAAGGUGCGGCUUUAUUAAACUCGCUUCUUAAUAUUACUCUUACGCUUCAGACUGUCACUAAAACAGUUAAACGUUACGUAACAGUAACUAACACAAACCCCACUCAGAGAUCUGAAACUAUUAUUACCUUCGCUGAAGCAGUGAAGCUCGGACUUAUUGAUGAGAAAACUCAGACAUUCACAGAUCCGACUACUGGUACCGUAAUUCCAAUACAACAAGCUUUAGACGAAGGUCUUUUGGGCGUUGAACAAAAUGAACCGCGUGUAGUCCAUAUAUCUGAUAUAUCUAAAAAGGAUCUAGUGCCGGGUCAAGUUGUUGAACUGAAAAUUACUAAAAAAUCUUUUAUCAAGGAUGUGCCCUCAAGUCCAGAAAGUAAAGUUCAAUAUGAUAGCAAACCAGAGACAAUCAAAAGUCCUGAUUAUGCUACGUAUGACACUACUAAUCCACGUGAAAGUUUGUUAAGAGAGAUAAAGACAAUUACUUCAAAGUCAAUAGUAACAGAACCGUCGGUCACAUCUAUGACUAUAAAGAAAAAUACAAUCGAGCUUCCACGUGGUGGCUGGACUUUGAAAGAGGCUAUUCAACAAAACUUCUUAGAUCCUGACAUAGGUAUGUUAACAAUACCCGGCACGGACAGAGUUUUGGAUCUCGAAGAAGCUUUCCAUCUAAACAUUAUAAACCCCGACUCAGCAAAAUUUGUUGACCCUAAAACUAAGCAAGAAAUGCCGUUAAGUAGAGCUAUGGAGCUGAAAUUAAUAGAUAAUACUGGUCAUUAUAAAUUUCCAAGAGACAAAAUUACAAUGCGUGAUGCAAUAGAUAAGAAAAUAAUUAUCUUUGUACAAAUUUCGACUGUCAAAUCCUUGCAAAAAGUAAUAACUAUUACUUCAGUGGCUGGUAUGCCUGAUAAAAUGGAAAUAGCAGAAGUACAAGAUUUUCCUCCUCAUAAAAUUGUAGAAGAGCAUCCGGUUUUGGAGCCCGUUGAAGUUGUACCAGGGAUAAUUUUUGAUCCUGCUUCUGCUCUUGUUAUAUCAACCACUUCUGGAGUAUCAGAAAAUAUUUUGGAAGCAGUAGACCGUGGCGCAGUUCCAUCUAAUACUGUAAACGUUGUAGAUCCGGAAACAAGUAAAGAAAUCUCACUGAAAUAUGCUUUAGAAAAGGGUAUAAUUGAUAAGAAGACAGGUGACUACACAUAUAAAUCCGGUAAAAGAGUAACUCUCACGGAAGCUGCUAAAAUGGGACUUAUAGUCGUAGCAGGUGCUCCUCUAGUAGCCGCAUCGAAAGUAAUUCAAAUUAUAAAAAGUACAAUGGUAGUAGAUCCUAAAAGCGGAGAAAAACUUCCAAUGGAAGUAGCAUAUGAAAGAGGUCUCGUUGAUUCUGUUACAUACAAAAAAUAUGAGGAAUCUCUCAGAGAGCGAACCCCAGACAGUGGCAAUAGUUUUGCUCCGGUUUCUACUAAUCUCGUAACAGGUAUGGAAACUACGUUAAUAAUCGAAGAUCCACAAACAGGUGAAAAAUUACCCAUAGAUAUAGCAUAUCAGAGAGGAAUAAUAGACACAGAUACAUACAACCAAUGCAAAACAGCUAAAGAUCUAAUGCCUAUUAAUAAGAUUACCACCACCCCAAAUGUUGAAACUCCUACAACCUCUACAACGACUAUUUCUCAAGUCAUUACAAAACCUUUAUCUGUUGGUGCUGCAGUGUCGGAAGGGUUCAUUACAGUCGAAUCAAUUCAAAAUAGUCUAUUGGCUGAUAAUAGAAAAGUUGUUACUACCAUUUAUACUGAUAAGUCAAAACCUCCAUCUGAUGUCAUCCAAAUUACAAAACGCGACAUUAAUGAAAAACCAAAAUAUAAUGUAAAUAUUGCAGAGCCACGAGUAACAGAUACCCAGAUUUUAGAAACGAAACCCAUAGUUCUACAAAAGCUCAGAAAGCGUGUUGUAACACCUUUGGAAGCUGUUAACAAAGAUUUAAUGGACAAAGACACCGCCAAAAUUUUGGAAGCUGUUAAAACUUUUAAAGAUAAUAAUGGAACGCCUCUAACACUAGACAAAGCCAUUGAAAAAGGUUUUAUUGAUCAUAACAAAGGUAGAAUUGUCGAUCCUUUACGCGGAGAUGUAAUUACCAUAAAUGAAGCUCUUCAAAGAGGUAUUCUAGAUGGAGAUGGACAGGAUGAAGUAUUAAUACCUCUAGCAAGAAGUCUUUCAAUACCCGAAGUUAUGGAACAAGGCUUGCUAGAUCCCGGUACUGGAAAACUAAUCCAUCCUGAAACUGGCAGCCAUUUAACUUUAAGAGAAGCAAUAAUUUGUGACAUUGUUGAUCCUAUGUCUACUAUUACAACUGGGCCGAAUAGGAAUAUAACGCUAAAUGAAGCAAUAGAAAAAGGUUUCAUAGAUAAUGACAAGAAUAUUGUAAAGACUAGUGAUGGGGAAUUAAACUUAGUAUCUGCUGUAAACAUGGAGCUCUUCCCUAAAUCGGAUAGUGUACCAGUUGUUGAAAACAUACCUCCAGCUGCACUAACACUGUCUGUAGCUGUUCAAAAACAAAUACUAAAUCCUUUAACAGGGGACAUAAAACAUCCUUUAACAGGAGAAAUAAUACCUAUUGAAGAAGCUUUGCAAAGAGAUUUAAUUAUGGCAAUUCCUUUCCCUCAAUCAUCAGAAACAGUCACUUUAGAAGAGGCGUUACGUAAAGGUGUUAUUAAUUUGCAUGAUGGUACAUACACCAAUCCAAAAACUAAGGAUGUUAUACCAUUAAAUAAAGCUCUGGAACAGGGAUUGCUGGCAGUGAAACUAAAUACUGAACCAAUGCAAGGCAGCGGUGUGGUAACGACAAUUACUGAAACUUUUACUUCUGAGCAUACCAUUACAACUAAAAUGAUUGAACUUUUGGCAGAUUAUGUGCUUGUUAAUGCAAAUGAAGUAAGAAAUACAAAAACCGGAGAGAUUAUAUCAAUGGAUCAAGCUCGCCAAGAUGGUAUCGUUAGAGAUGAACAUACGAGUAAAGAACAAUUUAUCACUAGUAAUACAAAUAUCAGUUUUGAUGAUGCUCUUUCUUACGGGUACAUCAAUAUAGAACAAGGAACGUUCACACAUCCGAACACUGGCGAAAUUUUAACAAUUGCAGAAGCUAUUGACAGCGGUGUAUUAAAGACAGAAGUGCCUCAAACUGAAACAACAGAAUUAGUGUCCACUAAAAGAGAUUUGGAAAGGCUGAAUUUAAAUGAAGCAUUUGAACUUCUUUUUGAUGAAAAAUCUCAAAGAUUCCGUGAUCCAACAUCACCAAACAAAGUAUUAACAUUCAAAGAAGCACUUGAGAGAAAUAUAAUUGAUCCUGAGUCUAUUAUUUAUGAUGUUAAAAGUGGUAAACCCGUAACUUUACAAGAAAGUCUAAAUAUAGGUUUGAUUGAUAAGAAGACCGGUAAAGUUAAAGAACUUAAAACAGGUAAAUCGAUUGACAUUAAAAAUGCUGCAAAAAUGGGUUUAAUAGCAGUAGUAGCUGCACCUGUUCUAGCAGGUAUGGCAGUAGUACAAGGAGCAAAGUCUAUAACAAGCAAAGUGUUGAAACCUAAUAAAGAAAAUAUUGAUGAUUUAGAAAAAAGUAGUCAACCAGUGUCUACGAAGAGCGAAACCCCUGAUAUUACACCAAAACCACAACGCAACGAGGAAAGGUCUCUAACUUCAAUUAGAGGUGAAAAUUCUGUAAAUUCUCCGAAUACCGAAAUUUUAAAAGUAGAAACUGUUACGAAAUCUGUACAACCUAUAAAUGAAAGAGAAAUAACAGAUAGAAAUCCAGUUCAGUCAGUGAAAGAGUAUAGAGAAGUUACAUCAGAGGGCGAAGAAGUUAUAACAAUAGUGAAUACUGUGGUUUCCAAACAAGGUACUUAUGAUAGUGAAUAUAUUAUUAAAGAUAGUCUCAUUGCUGAGGAAAGUCAAUUAUCUCCAGAGAAUGAUGAAAUUAUGACGAUUACUAAAACUGUUAUAACUAAAGGGGAGUCAGAGGCUCGUAAGAAUUCAACAGAAUAUAGUGAACAUUUGAAACAUUCUUCUUUACAAACUCCAGCAACUAAAGAGGGGCAAUCUGAAAGUAAAUCAACUGGUAUAUUUGAAGUGUACGAUGUGACAGACGACGUCAAAUAUAUUAAUAUUGCAGAUAAAGAACCCUCCGUAGGUGAAAUUAUUAAUGUGAGGCAAAAAUCUGACGUUACUGAUAGACAGAAUGAAAAGAACAUUAGUCCGAUUAGUGUCGCUGAUCCUGUAGGCAAAGACACAAAAACGAAUACUGAAAUACCUGUAGAACUAAAGGCGAGCUAUGUAAGUAAAAGUGAUGCACUAGUCUUAGACAAAGCAAAAUUAGAUGAACGUGAUGUUUCAGAAAAUAUACAAUCUACUUUUAAUGAAUCAAAGACAAUUGGUGAUGCCAAAGAAAGUGAACCGGUCAUUGAAGAAUAUCGUCUAACAUCUCCUCAUGGUAAUGAGAUUACAACAAGUACUGUAACAACUGUUGUAUCCACACCAGGACCAAACCAAUUUGUUUCUGAGCAAUCGAGUACAAUAAUAACCACAAAAGCUUCACAAAUAACUACAGUUGAAAUUACCCAAAAUGAGUCUACUUCAUAUCAUGUUGUUACUGAAGUGUGUGGAUCGCAAAACCAAAGUGAAACUAAAAUUGAGACUCCAGAUGAAAUAGAGAAACUUAAAACAGAUCAAAAAGAUAAAGAUAAUGAACCAAUAAAUGUUAUUCAGAAUAUUAUUGAAUUCAAAAACUUACCACACCAAGAAGAAUUAAAAGAAACUGUUCAAAGGAAGGAAAAUAUUGAAUCACUGAAACCUCUUGAAGUGGCACCUGGAGUCAUUUACGAUCCUAAUACUUCAGUUAUUAUAUCUAAGACCUCGGGGAUUUCUGAUAAUGUAUUAGAAGCGGUUGAGAAAGGAAUCAUUCCAUCUGAAACUGUAAAAAUUUUAGAACCAAACACUGGACGUGAAUUAACUUUGAAAGAAGCGGUAGACAAAGGUCUUGUAGAUAAAAAUACAGGAGAUAUAAAAGACAAAUCUGGCCAUAAAAUUAGUUUUGCUGACGCAGCUAAGAUUGGGCUUGUAGCUAUAGUGGGUGCACCAAUUUUAGCGGCAACAAAAGUGAUUGAAGUAGUGAAAAGAGCAUCAGUCGUUGACCCGAAGACAGGUGAAAAAGUAUCACUGGAGAAGGCAAAAGAACGUGGUAUAAUCGACCGUAAUACGUUUGAUAAGUAUGAAGAAGUUAUCAAGAAACAAACGCCAUUAGAUCGUGGAAAUGUUGUAGACCUAUCAGAAACUACAUCUGAAUUAAGCUCUAAUAAAAUUAUAAAAGAAACUGCUGAAUACAAACCAGGAACUAAUUAUAUUACUACCGAACAGAAAUCUUUUGAUUUACAGCCGGUAAAACACAUAAUUUCAGAAAUAGAUUCCAAAAAUAUAUCGUCGUUAUUGAUAGAUGCUGAAAAGCAGCCGCUACGUGUUAUCGAUGAAAUUACGGAACAAAACGUAACUAAAGAGAAAUUGGAAUCUACAAAACCACUUUACGAAAAUAUUCCAUUAAUAGAAGCGAUCACUCAAGCGAAAAUAGAACCUAAAGUAUGUCGAAUAGCAAUAAAUGGUAUUGAAUCUCCAUUAACUGUUCAGGAUUCUUUAGACCAAAAUCAAAUAAGUAAAUUCACUCCGGUGGACAUAUUAUCUAAAAACUACGUCCUUAUCAGAGAAUCAAAACCUAAAUAUGGUGUGGCAAUCUCUAAAAAAUUAACGCCAGAAGAACUGUCUGAAAUGGGCAUCUACGACAUUGAAAAACAAAUAUUCUUGCAUCCUGAAACCGGUGUAAAAAUAUCUUUUGAGGAACUUGUAUACAGUUUGCAUAUCUUCGAUCCUGAAAAUAUUCUAGUAAAAGAUCUAAGUUCUAAAUCUGAUGAUUAUAUUCCAUUUAAUGAAGCAAUCGCGAAACCUAUAAUUGAUAAAACUACUGGUCACAUGGUUAAUCCCAAAAACGGUCAGCGCAUACCAUUCUUAAAAUGUCUACAAUUAGGUUGGAUAGUUGAAAAACCAGAAGACGUUUCGGUUUAUGAACAAAUUUCUGUUGAGACAGCUUUAGAACAAGGGCUUUAUAAUCCAAAAACUGGUAAAAUUACAGACAUUAAUACAGGUGAACUGGUACGAAUUGAAGAUGCAAUUGAAAAAGGUCUCAUUGACCCUGAAUCCGUGCUUAUCAAAGUACCACGUUCUAACGAAAAUAUAUCACUAUUAGAUGCUACUGAAAGGGGUUUAAUAGAAAUACAUGAUGGUGUAAUUACUAUAACGGAGACUAGGGAAAUAAUCGAAAUAUCUUCUGCUAUAGAGAUGGGAAUAGUGACAAUCAUUCAAAGACCAAUAUCUAUCGAAGCUAUCAUUAUCAACAGCAUGUACAAUCCUAAAGAAAAUAAGAUUAUAGAUAAAGUAACACAACAGCUUAUUGGUAUUGGGGAUGCAAUAGAUCGAAAAAUUGUCCACCCUACAAUUUCAGAAAUCAAAGAUACGGCAUUAGAAAAAUUUGUUCCGCUUUUUGAAGCUCUCAAAAUAAACUUAGUUAAUCCAGAAACGAAUAAAGUUAUAGACAAAAAGACUGGUAAAAACAUUCCAUUAGAUGAUGCAUUGAAGAAGGGUUUGGUUGCAACAAAAACAGUUACGUUUUCCCUAUUUGAUGUCAUAGAUUUAGGGUAUUACUCCCCCGAUACGCAUAGAAUCUUGAACCCUAAGACUGGUAAAGUAAUUACUUUAAGUGAAGCUAUUAAAGAUAAACUUGUCAAUCCUUCCGACGUAAAAGUGAAAGAUGACAAAUCUGAGGCCGUUAUUCCAUUCGACCAGGCAGUAAAAACAGGUUUAAUAGACUUGGAACAAGGCAUACUAACUUUACCUGUUUUAAAUCUUAAAGACGCUAGCGAGAAAGGAUACCUUUUAAGUGACAGAAAACCAUGGACACUACAAGAAGGUUUGGUACAAGGGUUCUAUGAUCCUGAAACAGGAUUUUUAACGAUUAAUGAUAAAACUAUGACUUUAGAAGAUGCCAUAAAAGUUGGUAAUAUUAACCCGGAAGCCCUCACUGUCAGAAAUUCCAAAACAGGUGAUAUAAUUUCGUUAGCCGAUGCAAUAAAUGUAGGUAUUAUAGAUUCAAAAGCAGGUAAAGUCCACGAUCCUAUACAAGGUGAUAAAAUCUCUCUAACAGAUGCUUCGGAAAGGGGCUUAAUAGUUCCAGCUAAACGUAAGCUUAGCUUGCCAGAAGCUGUAUUUAAAGGCUUUUAUGAUCCAAAAACUGGCAAAUUUUCACACCCACAAAGCAAUGAAAAAGUUCCAACAGAUAAAGCUAUUAAAAAACGUAUGAUAGAUCCACAGUCCACAUUAGUACAUAUAGCAGGAAAAGUUAUUCCGUUUGAAUUCGCAGUGGAUAAAGGUAUUGUUGACGGUAGAAGAGGUACUGUAAUAUUGGGAGAUGAAAAAAUCGAUUUCCGAGAAGCAUUUGAAAGAGGGUUAUUAGUCGAAGUUCGUAAACCUAUUUCGCUUAUAGAAGCUUUGGAAAAAGGAGUUUAUAAUGAAAUUUCUGGACUUUUUAUGGAUCCUCAGACUGGCAAAAAAUAUACCCUAACAGAAGCGAUUAAAUUAAAUUUAGUUGAUCCAGAAUCAGUCCACAUUCAAGACAACAGAUUAGGAAAAUGGGAUAAACUUAGUUUGUCUGAAUCUCUCAAAACUGGUAUUAUUGAUGAUAAUACAGGUAAAAUAAUAAACAUAAAUAAUGAAAACGAGGAAAUUACUCUUCGCAAAGCUUUCGAAAUUGGGUUACUUGUCGAUAGUAAAGCAUCUAUUAGUCUCCAAAGAGCUUUACAUCAAGGUUUAUAUGACGAUAGCACUGGCAAAAUUAUAGAUCCAACUACAGACCGUAAAAUCACUCUCCAUGAAGCUAUAAGACGGUCUAUUAUAAGUACUAAAUAUCUUUGCUAUUUCGAUAAAAAAUCUGAAAAACCUCUUACUUUGGCGGAAUGUUGUCGUAGUGAAAUCGUUGAUCGGCGAAGCGGAAAGUUCCGUGAACCAGGUUCUGAUGUCCAAAUACCGUUAUCGGAAGCUAUGAGCUUAGGCCUUGUAGUAGACAUUGAGAGUGCAGGUUUUACUCUUUAUGAAACAUUAGCAAUGAAUAUGUAUGAUAUAACUGAAUUUGUAUUUAUCCAUCCAGUAACAGAGAAAAAGAUAUCUCUGAAAACCGCUGUUAUUGAAGAGCUUAUCAAUCCCGAGACUUCAUUAGUUAAACAUAUACCUUCAAGUAAGUACAUAAAACUCAGUGAAGCAAUUGAAAAUGGUAUUGUUGAUGACGCCAAUAGUGUAUAUAUAUUACCCAAUGGAAACCAAAUAAAUUUACUAGACGCUAAACAUCGAGGUUUAGUAGUAACUGGAAAAAAGAAUUUAAGCCUUGAAGAAAUUAUAAGAAAUGGUCUUUUUAGGCCCGAUAAUGGUAAAAUUGUUGAUCCAAUCAGUAAUGAAUUUAUUGACAUUAAUAAAGCAAUUGAAAUUAAAUUAUUAAACCCGGAACUUACCAUUGUCAAAGAUAAUUUCACUAAUAAAUUUAAACCAUUACCAAUUGCUAUUCAACAAGGUGAUGUCGAUGUCACUAAAGGUAGAGUCUUAGAUACAAAAGCAAAGAAAACUUAUAGCCUGGACAUAGCUUUCGAUAAAGGUCUCUUAGUUACGGUCAUUCAACCAAUUACUUCUCAAAUUUCAACUAAACGUUACGUACAAGAUUCAGCAACGUCUAAAGAACCAGUCCUUAGAGAAUUCACAUUAGAGGAAGCUAUAAGGUAUGAAUUUAUUGAUCCCGAUACGGCUGUAAUAAAAGAUCCUCAUAAAAAUAAGUACAUUCCAUUAAGAUUAGGUAUUAGUGAAGGUAUUAUAGAUAAAAACGCAAAAGGUACAUUUGAUACUCAAAAUAGGUCACGUACGCUUUGCUUCGUCUUUGAAAAUAGUUUGAUUGUGUAUGUUCGAGAACCUCUAACGUUUGAACAAGCGAUUGAAAAUGGUCAACUUAACGUCAAUAUCGCUCGAUUUACUGAUCCACAUUCCAGAGAAAUGUUAACUAUUAAGGACGCCGCUAUUUUAGGCUAUAUAGAUUCUGACACAGCGCUCAUUAAAGAUAAUCUUAAGAAGAGGUUAGUGAAACUUCCCGAAGCAUUCCGUAAAGGUCUUAUGGAUGCCGAAAAGGGUAAUAUCUUAGAUACAGAGACCUCUAAACUUAACACCUUAUCCGCCGCAAUAGAAACAGGGUUGCUGAUGACUCCAAAGAAAAGUUUCAGCUUGAUAGAGACAUUAAACUUUGGUAUUUAUAAUCCAACAACUGGAGCACUAAAUGAUCCAUUUAUUACAACAAGUGUAAUGGACCGAAAACGUUUAAAUUUGGGCGAAGCUAUUCAACAAGGCAUUGUUGAUCCAUCCAGUACAGUUGUUAAGGAACCAGAGACGGGAAAAAUAUGGCCGUUAGUGCAGGCUAUUGACCAGAAACUCGUUGAUCCCGUAGAAGGCAGACUGAUAAUAAAUCCAACUAAAGAAGUCAGUCUAGACUUAGUUAAAGCUCUUAAAAAGGGAUAUUUGCUGCCAGCAGAAACGAGGCAAGCAGUAGAAGAGAAGUACAGGCUUUGCGAUGAGACGCUUUCUAAGUUACUGGAAUGGAUUGCCGUUGUUGAAGAGAGACUGGCCAAUCAGGAAGCGGUUAAGGAAGACUUGGACGAAUUACGCAAUCAAAUUAACAUUCUCAAGCUGAUUAAGGAUGAUCUGGAGAGUCAUCAACGUCAAGUGUCCGCGUGCGCUGACCAGGCGAAACAGCUGUUGGUAUCCGGAGGCGAUGUACUGGCCCCACAUGAGGUUGCAGCACUGGAGCGAGGUGUACGACAGUUGAAGCAACGUUUCGACAAAUGCACAGAGAAAUGCGAUAAGAUGUUGAGACGUUUGGCGGCCGCCAGAGACGAGCUGGGCAAGUUCAAUAACGAACUGAAUGCCUUCAACACUUGGAUGGAGGGAGCGUAUCGUAAUCUUGAGGAGAAAGAGGCAGCUCUAUCUAAACUGGAUAAGUUGCCCGGACAGAGCGAAGACGUAAAAGAUUUCGUGUCGGACGUGAUUGCACAUCAAGCGGACCUGCGUUUCAUCACAAUGUCCGCGCAGAAGUUCGUCGACGAAAGCAAGGAAUUCCUAUCUCUGCUGAACGACUAUCGCACAUCGCUGCCGUCGCGUCUGUCGCACGUGGGCGCGGCGAGCGACAGCGCAGUACGCGAGGGAGCGGCGCUCGCGCGACGGCGACACGCCGAUCUUGUCGCGCGUGCGUCACGACUUCAGGACAGACUCCGCGCCGCCGCUCUACUCACGCGACACUAUGGAGACGCACUAGACCGGGCACACCGCUGGUUGGCUGACGUGGAACCACAAGUGCGAUCGGUACUGUCGGAGCCCGUGGGCGGUGAACCUCGUGCGGUCGAGGCGCAGCUGUCAAAGGCGAAAUCUCUGCACAACGAGAUACUCUCACAGGGGCGACUCAUCGACAACGCUAAAGACGCCUGCGACCAACUAGUCAAAUCACUGGAAGGCAACCUGACACCGUCCGAGAUCAGACAACUGGAAGUUCCCAUACUGGACUUGACGGCCCGGUACAAGGAGUUCAGCGGCGCGGUCGGCUCCCGUUGCACCGAACUGGAAGCCGCCCUGCUGCAGUGCCAAGGACUUCAGGACGCUGCUGAAACCCAGGCGCAUUGGCUGGGACAGGCUGAGAGCAUAUUCAAGAACCAACAAAAGCCCGCGUCCCUGAUUCGCGAGCGGCUCGACGAGCAAGUACGAGAGCAUCGCAUCGCACACAACGAGGUCGAGGCGCGGCGCCCCACGCUCGCCAAACUAGUCAGCAGCGCUCGCGAUGCCGCACUCACUCCCUCUAACGCCAGGAUUGCCAAGAAGUUAGAACAGCGAGCCGAGGACAUUUAUGCUAGAUACGAAAAACUACUGGAGCGUUCGAUAAAACGCGCUCAGUUCCUGGAGGAGGUGUCGGGUGAGCUGGCACAAUUCUCGGCUCAGGCGAGCGAACUAGAGGCGGCACAGGCGGCCCUCGCAGAGCGAGCCGACGGCCGGGAACUGGCGCGGCUACCAGCCUCAGAACUGGCACCGCACCACAGGGAACUUGCCCUGCUCAGAGACAAACAAAUGCCAUUACUUGAAGAGUGUCUGCGCAAUGGAAAGCAACUGAUCUCCAAGAAGGAUGUUACCGACACCCACGUCAUACGAGAUCGCAUGAAGGCAUUAGAAAACCAAUGGCGUGACUUCAAUACAUCACUGGAAGAGAAACUGAAGUUAUCUAAACAACGUGCUGAUCAACUCAACCAAUACGAGACACUUAAAUCACAAGUACUAGAGUGGCUACAAACUAUGGAGAAUCGCGUCGGCCGUCUACAACCAGUCGCUGUCGAACUGGACGUAUUGAAACAACAACAAGAGGAAUUGCGUCCUCUCACUAAAGAGUACAGAGACUUCUCUGUUACCAUCGACAAGGUGAACGAAGCCGGCGGUAUGUACGAGGCACUGUCUCGAUCGGAGCGGGCGGACAGUCCACCUCGCAGGCGCGCGCUCUACAGCCCCACCAAGAGACACACGCCAGGCCGCACCCUAGACGGGCGAUCCCCGUCCCCGACGAAAGGUCAUGGACUGGUCAGUCCUGGGUCCACUCACUCCACAUCCAGUGGAUUCUCAUCUCGCCGUUCCAGCCAAGAAGGAUUCCAUCUUGAAGAACUAUCACCGGUUCAACAACAAUUAUCCGAGAUCAAUAACCGGUACAGUCUGCUCGGCACCAAGCUGUCCGACCGGCAGACGGAGCUCGACGCCAUCAGGGAGGAAGUCAAGAAGCAUUUGGAGAGCUUCCGAGCAUUGAACACCUUCCUUGAUAAGGUCCAAAGACAAUUGCCCAAAGACUCCGUGCCCAAUACAAAGGAGGAAGCGGAUAAAACCAUCAAGGCCGCGCGAGCGGUACUCGAAGAAAUGUACGAGAAACAGAGUAUUCUGGACUCUACUAAGACUCAGGUUCGAGAGCUACUGCGCCGUAAGCAAAGCGUCCAAGGCGCUGAUCGAUUACACGACGGACUAGAAGAGGUCGCAGCCCGAUGGAAGACACUACACGACGCCUUGAAAGACAAGAUCCGUCUAAUGGAAGAGAUGAAGGACUUCCACGACACACACAGCAACCUGUCCGGAUGGCUAGCAGCCAAGGACCGCAUGAUGGCUGCUCUCGGACCGAUCUCCACUGACUCCAGGAUGGUGCAAACACAAGUGCAACAGGUGCAGGUGCUGCGCGAGGAGUUCCGCGGGCAGCAGCCGCAGCUGUCGCACCUGGCGGACGUGGCGGCCGCCGUGCUGGCGCGCCUCCAGCCGCGCUCCCACCACGCAGACACACUGCGACAGAAGGUCCAGGAUCUUCAAGACAAAUGGAACGACCUACUCAACAAACUGGAGCAGCGCGCGGAGUCGCUGGGCGCGGCGGCGGACACGUCCCGCGAGUUCGACGCGGGGCUGGCGCGGCUGCGGGACGCGCUCCACGCCAUCGGGGACAAGCUCGACGACGUCGCGCUCGACGCGGAGCCAGACGAACAGCUCCGCAAGAUAGAGAAUCUCGAGCGGCAGUUAGAAGGACAACGCCCUCUACUGGCAGACUUAGAAGCGGCUGGAGCAACCUUGGCCGACGUCCUCUCAGACCCGGCCUCCAGGCAGGACAUUCAGAGCAAACUGGCUGCGGUCGCCCGCCAAUACGACAACCUGCAAAGGAAACUCGACCUUAAGAAAGCUGAAAUAGAAGCUGCUCUUAAGGAUGGUCGCAAUCUAGAAGAAAAUGUGUCCCGUACUCUCGGAUGGCUGCAGUCUGAACUGGGCGCUUUACCGUCACGCCUCCAAGUCUCAGCAGACAGCGUCAAGUUACAACAUCAGCUGGAACGACACGAGCCUCUCUACAGAGAGCUGACGCAGCGUGAGCACGAACUGAUCAUGCUACUGGAUAAAGGUCGCGAGAUGGAGAAGAAGCCAGCUCACCAGGGGCUCCGUAAAGAUCUGGACAGGAUCCAGACGCAGUGGGACAAACUGAAGAGGGAAAUAGUAGACCGUCACACCAGACUACAGACCGCUAUGGAACAUUGCCGUAAAUAUACCAAGGCACAAGAGUCUUUCCUACCCUGGUUGUCCGAAGCCGAGGAGCGACUUGCCAAGCUGCCAGCCGCCGCCUUCACCAAGAAGGAAGUGGAGAAGCAGCUCCGUGAGUUGCAGCAGAUCAGAAACGAUAUCUGGAAGAGAUCUGGUGAAUACGAGAACAACAAGACGCUGGGCGAGACGUUCAUAUCGGCGUGCGACAUCGACCAGGAAAUAGUGAGGAGGCAACUCGACGCCAUGAAGGAGAGAUGGGAUCGACUCAACAACGAUGUGCUUUCACAAGUGGAAUUCUACGAGACGACAGCACGCAAACUGGGCGAUUUUGCUGAACGCGUUCGCGCGGUUGAAACACCGCUACAGCGCUGCGAAGAACGGCUUCAGGAUGCUUUGUCGGCUCCUCCAGCCGCUGCAGCAGAAGCUGUGGCCCGCUUGACGGACCAAAUACACGCUUUGAGAGCACCGCUGCAGAGCAUCAACUCGGCCGCGGACGACAUCGUGACGCUGGCGCUGGAGUGUGCCGGGCCCGAGGCAGCCGGCCGCGCCCGGCCCGUGCUGGAGGAGCAGGCGGCGGCGCUGGCCGACAGGCUGCACCACCUCCAGGAGCGCGCAGCACACGCCGGCGGCAGGCUGGCCGGCGCCGCACAGGCCAUGACGCACUUCCAGGACAAAGUGAAGAGUCUAGCGCAUGAUCUCUCCGAGCUGGAGAAAGAAUUAGACGGAAUGAAGCCGCCUGGUAGAGAAAUCAAGACCGUUAAACAGCAACUGGAUGAUAUCGUGCGCUUCUACAAACGGCUGGAGAAGGCCGACGACCUGGUGGGUGACACUGAGCAUGCAGCCGAGAGUCUUGUCGACAGCGGCUACUCAAUAGACACCGGCAAGAUCAGGGAACAGGUGGAAAGUCUGCGUAAACAGCUAGCCAGGCUGGACGAGCGCGCGCGGUCCAAGGAACAAGACCUUGACGAUACCCUCAGUAAGCUGGAAGCGUUCUAUAAGGCGUACGACUCCGUUAUGGACGACGUUCAAGAGGCGGGAGAACAGGUGCGAAACCUCAAACCUGCGUCAUCCGAGGUGGAACAGAUCAGAUCGCAACAGAAAGAUUUCGCUGAACUGAAGCGACGUACACUGGAGCCGCUCGGGCAGAACGUGACACACUGCAACAAGAUCGGACAGGGCCUGGUCAGGUCCGCGCUGCAAGGCGUCAGCACACAGCAGCUGGAGAAGGACCUGGAGAAGAUGAACGACAAGUGGAACACGCUUAAGGAGAAGAUGAACGAACGCGAGAGACGUCUCGAUGUGGGGUUACUGCAGUCAGGCAAGUUCGCCGAGGCACUCGCCGGCCUUGAGAAGUGGCUCGCGGACACCGAAGAAAUGGUCAACAACCAGAAACCACCGUCGGCUGAUUAUAAGGUGGUGAAGGCGCAGUUACAGGAACAAAAGUUCCUGAAGAAGAUGCUGAUGGACCGUCAGAACUCCAUGUCGUCAUUAUUCGCGAUGGGUAAUGAAGUGGCGGCUGGAUGCGAACCAGCCGAGAGGAAGUCUAUUGAGAAGCAGCUCAAGGGUCUGAUGCAGAGGUUCGACGCUCUCACCAACGGCGCUCAACAAAGGAUGCUGGAUCUUGAGCAGGCCAUGAAGGUCGCGAAACAAUUUGAAGAACAGCUGCAACCUCUAGUGGAAUGGCUGAGCGUGACAGAACGUAAAGUGAAGGCGCUUGAACUGGUGCCCACUGACGAAGAGAAGAUACAGCAGAAGAUCAGAGAACACAAGAAUUUGCACGACGACAUCCUCUCGAAACAGCCUCCAUUCAAACAGCUAACAGAGACCGCAUCUAUCCUCAUGGGAUUGGUCGGAGAUGACGAGGCCACCGCGCUGGCUGACAGACUACAAGCUGCUACUGACAGAUAUCAAACUCUAGUCGACCACAGCCUGAACAUCGGCUCACUGCUGGACAGCUCCCGCAAGGGUCUCAGGCAUCUAGUCCUCACAUACCAAGAUCUGUCCGCCUGGAUGGACGGCAUGGAACAGUAUCUAGCUAAAAGGAAGAUUCUUCCCGUACAUAUGGAGAAACUGCUCAGACAGAUGGAUGAGCUUGCCGAGAAAACGGAAGAGAUAGCCGCCAAACAGGAAGCCGUGGACAGCACAGUGGAGUCAGGUUUGGAGCUGAUGAAGCACAUCUCAGGGGACGAAGCUCUUCAACUGAAGGACAAGUUGGACGCUCUCCAGCGUCGGUACAACGACCUGACUAGCCGGGGAGCUGAACUGCUGCGCGUUGCCACGGAGACUUUGCCGCUAGUCCAACAACUAUAUAACAGUCACGGCAGGCUGACCGACUGGAUGGCUGGCGCCGAGUCGUGCCUACAAUCAGUGGAGCCACGAGAGGAAGACAUCCUGAGACUGGAGGCUGACCUACAGGAGUUCAGACCUGUACUGGACAACAUCAAUCUCAUUGGACCCCAGCUCUGUCAGAUAUCACCAGGAGAGGGCGCCACCUACAUCGAGGGCAUUGUAACUCGCGACAACCGUCGGUUCGACGCCAUCGCAGAACAAAUACAGAGGAAGGCGGAGAGAUUGCUGCUAAGCAAGAAGCGUUCGCUAGAAGUAGUGGGCGACAUGGAGGAAGCGAUCGAGUGGCUGCGAGCUGCCGACGCUCAGCUGCGGGACGCGGAGCCGCCCAGCAGCGCGCCCGCCCGCGUGCGCGCCCAGCUCAAGCAGCAGCGCCCGCUCAACGACGACGUCGCCGCCCAGAGGGUGCGGGUUCGAGACCUGCUCAGUCAAGCCAAGAAGGUGCUGCGUGAGUGUCAGUCGUCAGAGGAGACGGGCGUGAUCCGUGAACGCAGCGAGGAGUUGAAGGAGAUGAUGGACGAGGUCGGCCAGCUCAGUGCCGACCGCCUCGCGGCUUUGGAGCAGGCCCUACCGCUCGCUGAACACUUCGCCGAUACACACCACGGUUUGUCGUCGUGGCUGGACGAUAUGGAGAAGCAGAUCGAGAUGUUGGCCAUGCCGGCUCUCCGGCCCGAGCAGAUCGUGCAGCAGCAAGACAAAAACGAGAUGUUGCAAUCAUCGAUCGCCGGGCACAAGCCUCUCGUCGAUAAACUGGUGAAGACUGGCGAAGCACUCGCCCGCCUCUGUGGCGAAGAAGACGCCAACAAAGUACAGGAUAUAGUGGAGAGUGACUGCGAGAGAUACAACGCGCUACGAGCGGAGCUGCGACAGAGACAACAAGAGUUGGAACAGGCGCUGCAGGAGUCUUCACAAUUCUCAGACAAGCUGGAGGGCAUGCUGCGUGCGUUGGCUGGAACUGCUGAUGCUCUGCAACACGCCGAGCCAGUCUCUGCACAUCCACCCAAGAUACAAGACCAAAUCGAGGAAAACAAUUCCCUGGUGGAGGACUUGGAGAAGCGUCAAGAGGCGUAUAAUGCGGUACAACGCGCCGCGUCUGACGUCAUCAGCAAGGCCAACAAGAGCGACCCGGCUGUACGUGAUAUACGCAACAAACUGGACAAGUUGCACAAAUUAUGGAACGACGUACAAAAGGCUACGAACGAUCGCGGCCAGUCUCUGGACAACGCACUGGACAUAGCUCGCAAGUUCUGGCAGCAGCUUGACGCUGUGAUGGCCACGCUCGCCGAACUCGAGGACACCCUCACGGCCCAGCCGCCGCCGGCAGCGCAACCCAGAGCCAUCCAGGCGCAGCAGGUCGCCCUGCAGGAGAUCAGGCACGAGAUCGACCACACCAAGCCCGAGGUGGAGAAAGUCCGCAAGACAGGAUCAACUCUGAUGUCACUAUGCGGAGAGCCCGAUAAGCCAGAAGUCAAGAAACACAUGGAAGAUCUGGAUAAUGUUUGGGACAACAUAACAGCACUGUACGCAAGGCGAGAAGAGAACCUGAUCGACGCUAUGGAGAAAGCCAUGGAGUUCCAUGACACAUUACAGAAUCUGCAAAAGUUCCUGGAUACCGCCGAGGACAAGUUCUCUCGCAUGGGUCCGCUGGGGUCCGACAUCGAUGCCGUCAAACGGCAGAUCGCCCAACUAGCCACCUUCAAGCAAGAAGUCGACCCACACAUGGUCAAAGUCGAAGCACUGAACAGAAGUCUAAUGAGACAAGCGCAAGAGUUGACGGAGCGCACAUCAUCGGAACAGGCGGCGGCUAUCAAGCAGCCGCUGACAGAAGUGAACACGCGCUGGUCGACACUCCUCAGGGGUAUGGUCGAACGGCAACAGCAGCUUGAGAGAGCGCUGCUCAGGCUUGGACAGCUGCAACACGCACUGCAAGAACUCCUCACCUGGAUACAGAACACUUGCGACACCCUCGAUACUUUACGGCCCGUGGCCGGCGACCCCCAAAUCCUGGAGGUGGAGCUAGCCAAGCUGAAGGUGCUGGUGAACGACAUCGCGGCGCACCAGGCCAGCGUGGACACCCUCAACGAGGCCGGCGCGCAGAUCGUGCAGCAGGGUACGGACGAAGCGGGCGAGACGGCUGAGAAACUGGCAACGUUGAACAGAAAGUGGCGAGAAUUGCAGCAGAAGGCUAGAGAUCGACAGACGGAACUCGAGGAUGCGCUUAGAGAGGCUCAGAGCUUCAAUGCUGAGAUUGGCGAUCUACUCUCGUGGUUAUCAGAGGUGGACAGUGUCAUCGCAGCAUCGAAACCCGUCGGCGGUCUACCCGAGACUGCUUCGGAACAGCUCGAGAGAUUUAUGGAGGUAUACAACGAGAUUGAAGCCAAUCGUCCUAAGGUUGAAGCCGUAUUACAACAAGGUCAAGAGUACCUCAAGCGGCAGGACAAACCCAACCCCACCUCGCAACUGCACCAUAACCUCAAGAACUUGAAGACCAGAUGGGACAGUGUUACAGCUAGAGCGUCAGAUAAGAAGAUCAAACUGGAGAUAGCGCUGAAGGAAGCGACUGAGUUCCAUGACGCGCUGCAGGCGUUCGUGGACUGGCUGACCAGCGCUGAGAAGACCCUCACAUCCGCCAAACCUGUCUCUAGGGUCAUGGAGACUUUACUCACUCAAAUCGAAGAGCACAAGUCGUUCCAAAAGGAAGUGGCUACCCACCGCGAGACCAUGCUCCACCUGGACAAGAAGGGUACCCACCUGAAAUACUUCAGCCAGAAACAAGAUGUGAUCCUCAUCAAGAAUCUUUUGGUCUCCGUACAGCAUCGGUGGGAGAGGGUGGUGUCGAAAGCUGCGGAGAGAACGAGGGCUUUAGACCAUGGUGUCAAGGAGGCCAAGGAAUUCUCAGAUAUGUGGAACAACUUGAUGAAUUGGCUCUCUGAUACUGAACAACAACUGGACCAACUCAACUCGGAGGCUACCGUCAACGACCCGGAGAAAAUUAAGCAGAGGUUGCACAAACAUCGCGACUUCCAAAAGUCACUUGCCGCUAAACAACCUGCAUACGAUCAAACAAUGAAGACAGGCAAACAGCUCAAGGAUAAGGCACCCAAGUUCGACGAGAAUACGCUGAAGACGAUGAUCAGUGAUCUUAAGUCGAAAUGGACCACUGUUUGCUCGAAGGCUGUGGAUAGACAACGCAAACUGGAAGAGGCGUUGCUGUACUCCGGCCAGUUCAAAGACGCGAUGUCAGCUCUACUGGACUGGUUGAAGAAACAACAGAAGGAACUUGGUAGUGACUCUCCCGUGCACGGUGAUCUCGACACCGUGAUGGCUCUUAUUGAACAGCAUAAGCAAUUCGAAGAGGACCUGCAUUCACGCGAGCAGCAGAAGCAGUCGGUGCUGAAGACAGGCAAAGAGUUGGAGGCGACUGUACCGGUAGAGGACGCGUCCGCCAUCCGACAGCAGUGCAGCGAACUGCAACGCAUCUGGGACCAAGUAAUUGGCCUCAGCGACCGAAAGGCUACCAGACUCGAAGCUGCACUCAAGGAGGCUGAAAAACUACAUCGCUCCGUCAACAUGCUCCUCGAAUGGCUCUCCGAUGCCGAGACCAAGCUCCGAUUCUCUGGCCAGUUACCUGAAGGUGACCAGGAGACGUUGCAACAGAUAAGAGACCACGAGCGGUUCAUAUACGAACUCAAAGAGAAACAGAAAGACAAAGAAGAAACCAUCACUCUAGCACAUUCCAUAUUGGGCAAGGCUCAUCCAGACGCGGUGACGGUCAUCAAACACUGGAUCACGAUCAUCCAGAGUAGAUGGGAUGAGGUAUGGCAGUGGGCAAUGCAGCGUGGAGGCAAGUUGGAGACGCAUAUGCAGAGCUUGAAAGAUCUGGAUCUCGUGCUGGAAGAGCUGCUUAAGUGGCUCAUCGGCUUAGAAAGCACUCUGCUAUCCUUGGAAUCGGAACCACUGCCGGAGUCUAUUGAACUACUGGAAGGACUGAUCGAAGACCAUAAGGUGCUAAUGGAACACACGCAGAAGAGGCAGAACGAAGUCGACCGCGUCUGCAAAGCGUACCAGGUCAAGAACCAAAGCCAAGGACGCGAGUCGACUCCAAGGAAAGUGUCGGCCAAGAGCGCCACCAAAGGUGCACCUGGACGUGGAUCGCAGCACGACCUCAAUAGAGACAGAUCUGUUUCACCUGAUUAUUACGGCACCAGACGUUACAGAUCCCGGAUACACAGUCGAAGUAGGACAGGAAGCCGUGUGAGCCCCGGCCGGGACAGUCCAGAUCGCAAUCUACCACACUACGGCCCGAGGUUCCCACCGAAGGGAAGCAAAGGCGCAGAACCGGAGUUCCGUUCACCGAGAGUCAAACAACUGUGGGACAAAUGGCGUACAGUGUGGCUGUUAGCGUGGGAAAGACAGAGACGACUACACGAGCGUCUCGCUCAUUUGAAGGAACUGCAACGAGUAUCGAACUUCAGCUGGGAUGAUUGGAGAAAGCGGUUCCUGAAAUUCAUGAAUCACAAGAAGUCACGUCUGACGGACUUGUUCCGCAAGAUGGACAAAGACAACAACGGCUAUAUACCCAGGAACGAGUUUAUAGAUGGCAUCAUCGGCACCAAAUUCGACACAUCCCGACUGGAGAUGGGCGCGGUAGCGGACCUAUUCGAUAGGAACGGCAGCGGACUCAUAGAUUGGGAGGAGUUUAUCGCCGCCCUCAGACCUGACUGGGUGGAACGGCGUGGUCCCCCCACGGACGCGGACAAGAUCCACGAUGAAGUCAAGCGGUUGGUCAUGCUGUGCACAUGCCGACAGAAAUUCCGCGUCUUCCAAGUCGGUGAAGGCAAAUACAGGUUCGGAGACUCGCAGAAGCUCCGUCUUGUCCGCAUUCUGCGGUCGACCGUGAUGGUCCGUGUCGGCGGCGGUUGGGUCGCACUAGACGAGUUCUUAGUCAAGAACGACCCGUGCAGAGCUGAGGAGUUUAUGGAGCAGCUGAAGCCGAUAUUUGAGGCUUUACGGCAACGGGAAGAGCUCCCGUGCUCGUAUCCACUUCACGUCGGCUCAACACAUGGCACUAAACAGGCGUUCAUAUACGGCCACUCAAGAUCUCAAGGUUCCACGACGCCGGGUGCCCACCACUAUACCCAUCACCACGGAUAUCAGCCGUCACCAGGAUACCAUUGGGUAAGGGAACGUACAGUACGAUCGGUUCCGAUGUCGGGCGGUGGUGUAACCGGUCGGGCGUCGAGAUCUUCCCUCAGCGCCGGCACUCCAGACUCUCUAAGUGACAACGAAGCCGCUAGCGGCCUCGGAGCGAGAUACAGAAAGCCUAGCGUACCCAGAUCAACAUUAACACCCGGCGGUUCACGACCAGGCUCAAGACCAGGAUCAAGAACAGGGUCGAAACCACCCUCGAGGCAUGGAUCAAAUCUAUCUCUAGAUAGUACAGAUGAAGUCACAACGCCAUCGCGCAUACCAAUGCGUAAAGUGACGAACACGCGCGCAUCUACAGCACGCGCCGCUGCUACGGCCAGCAAACUCGGUGUCAGCACACCCAACGGCAGCUCCAGACCUCGCACUCCGACUGGAUUCUUAACGCCAGCAAGUGGAAGGUACGGUAACGGAGCUAUGUACCGCACAUCCAGUAUACCCACACUGGCACCCGUGCCGCCGUUACUGAGCUCAACACAUUCCCAGCCAUCUUCUUUGGCUUCUGAACAUCCCAAAUCUAUUUCACAUAAUCAUCCAGCAUUCCAAACUCAGGGUUCGACUAAAAUUCCCGUAUAUGUCGGCCCACGUUCCCAGAGAACACCGUCCGUCGAAAGACGUAUGAAAAAGUCAAAAAUACACUCCAGAGAAACCUCACAAGAACCUAGCCCAACAUCCCAAGAUCCUUCAAGGAAAUCCGAGCAGAGGACUCCAGAAGAUGAUUCCUCAUUGCUUAGCAUUUCGGGAAUGACGAGCGACAAUGAAUAUGAGAGUAAUAUAAGCGAGUCAAGCGGCGAUGCGUCAAAGCCCACGCAACGUGAUGCCAAAGGGAGUGGAUCGUUUGCCUCUACCGAAGGACAAACGCCCGGAAGGAGUCGCAUCCCUCUAUUAAAGGAUCACCAUACUAACUGUAAUCUCAAUAGGCAAAGGACGCCGUCGGGAAGUACGACACCCGUCCGUUCAGGGCAGACGACGGCCGUGUCGCGGCUGCUACGGAAGCCCUCGGACGCAUCCGACACUGCAGCGCCCACCACGCCAAGCUCCCGACGCGGAACUCCAGCAUCAUCUCGAACUACGGAUAAACGCGAACCAUUCCGAUUGUAGACGAAAUAUUAGAGAAUCAAAACGUCCACACUUGAAAAGUAUGAUUUUUAAAAAGUGAUAAUUUUUUAUAUUGAAAUUACUUUUUGAAAAUAUAUUUGUGUGCCGAAUUGAGUCUAUGAACUGCUAGUCGCUUUGAAAAUUAUUCUAUUUGACACUUCUUUUGCAAAUUUUUUAUAUUGUAAGCGAAUAUAUUUGUAACAUAUACCCCACCUGUAAACAAAAUAAAAAUCUUUUAUGUCAUAGCGGCUGGCAUUCAUAGAGGCAAGUGCCCAUAUUUAAUAAUAAUACUAACAUUGAAUUAACCAAUUCGCGAAUUGAGCCAAGCUUAAAAACGAAUUUGCGGAUGUGGCUUUUUAGUUAAGUGAAAACAAUAGAUGGUAGUAGUAAAACUUAAAGUCUGCACUUGUUGCCUUGUAUACCUAUUUGUUUUGUACAAGCCGUGCGAUUAUUGUGCACGUUACAAUAUUUUAUUUAUUUUGUGCUGUCAGUAUUCCCAAGUUCUGUUUAAUAUAUUGAGCAAAUCGUCAAACUUUUUCAAUGUGAAUAUAUCCCUUCUUAUUUAUUAUCGACGUUGCCAUAAUUGUUAGUGUAUGUUUUGUAUGUAAAAUACGUAUUUGGGUCUCUCUGUAGAGACUGGGAAAAGUGUGAUUUUUAAUCUGUUUUGUAAUAUUUUUCCUUUAGGGACCAUUUUGUUGAUUAAAUUAUUGAUAAUAGGCGAUCGUCUGUUACCGCUAUUAGUGGUCACAAUUUCGGGCACUUAGUAUCGCCAGACUAGGUGUUUCGAUAGAACCACUGAUUGUUGUCACCGAUGAUCAUAUUAGGUGAUAAUAGUGUUAUUUAUACAUUAUUAUUUUGUAAUGCACAAUCAUGUUUUUUUCGUAUAGAUCCUUUUUUUUUGUGUUCAUUAUUAUAUGUUACGAUUUAUCACUAUUACUUUAUUGUACAUUUAUGUAUGAGAUUUAUUAUGUUUAAUUGCAAAAUUUCUUUAAAAUCAUGGGAAUAGCAUGUCUUUAAGAGUUGUUAUUGUGACUAUCGCCAGAGUCAUGAUUGCAACUCAUUGAAAAUCUGCUCAUAAAAAAAAUGUUUAAUUUUUAAGUGAUCUAACUGAAGUACACUGUCCCAAAAAGACAUUUACUUAAUAAUAAAAA